AUGUUGCCCACUCCAUCGACAUCACAUGUCAAUUAUGACCAUGUCUACGAACCGGCCGAAGACUCGUAUCUCUUUCUUGAUACACUCUCCUCGACCAGCGAGAUCAAAUGGCUACAGUCACGCUUCGAGACCACACUCCAGUCCUCCACCUCUAAACCUUCCAGACCGACACCGGCCCCUCUUGUCGUUGAAAUUGGGCCUGGAUCUGGCGUCAUCAUCGCAUUUUUAACCUCCAACGCAAAGACCAUCAUCGGUACCCAUGUACUAAGCAUGGCCAUUGAUGUCAAUAUACAUGCAUGUCACGCCACGACCACCACCGUGGAAAAAGCUCUUGUUGAGACAAACUCCCAUUCCAAUUCCAAUCACAGUCUCUACCUCUCCUCCGUGCGAUGUGAUCUCACAUCCGCGCUGACGCCCAACUCAGUCGACAUCCUGAUAUUCAAUCCACCAUACGUACCUUCUGAUUCUGUGCCUGCUAUCAUAUUUCCCUCUUCUUCAUCCACACCUUCAUUUGAGGAAUCUUCACACCUCCUCGCACAAUCCUACGCUGGUGGCCAUGACGGUAUGCAAGUCACAAAUCGUCUGCUAGACCAAAUCCCCUCCGUUCUCAGUCGUCGAGGCGUCGCAUAUGUGCUCUUCUGUCGUGGAAAUCAUCCUGACCAAGUCAAGGAGAGUAUUCUGAAAUGGCCAUCCACCGGAGAAAAUGAUUCAGUCAAUCCCUGGCACUGGUGCGCAGAGACAGUCGGGUCGAGCGGCAAGAAGGCAGGGUGGGAAAAGUUGGAAAUCGUCAGAAUCUGGAGAGAGUUUGACUAAAGCAUGUCCGGCAAAUGGAAUUUCUAAAUCUAUUGAAGUCAUCGCCCAGAGCCUUCAGGGAUCCGGCCACUGGAGCCGGCUGGGA